AUGGCUGUGAAGAGGAAACUGUAUUGCUUAUGGACCUUAGGUCUGUGUCUGGUAGCCAGUAAAUCGUCCAAAAUCCCGUCCAUCACCGACCCAAGGUUUAUAGACCAAUGUGUCAGGGCUCACAACGAAUGGCGUAGCGAUGUCAACCCCCCUGCCGCAGACAUGAAAUACAUGAGUUGGGAUGCAGGUUUAGCGAAGAUGUCUAGAGCAUGGGCAAACAAGUGCACAUUUAAACAUAACACCUGUUUAGAUAAAGCAUAUGAAUGCUAUGCCGCUUUUGAAUAUGUUGGAGAAAAUAUUUGGUCAGGUGGAUUAAAUUCAUUUUCACCAAAGUAUGCCGUCACUGCUUGGUAUGAUGAAUAUAAAUUUUAUGACUUUAAUAACCUAUCAUGUUCCGAAGUUUGUGGCCAUUAUACACAGGUAGUUUGGGCCAAAUCAGAUAAAGUUGGUUGUGCAGCUGCAUCUUGUCCUAACCUUGGACAUCCUACAAGUACAAUGUUUGUAUGCAACUAUGGACCUGCAGGAAAUUAUGCAAAUAUGCGGCCUUACCAAAAAGGACCAUCUUGUUCUCUGUGCCCACCAGGAGAUAAAUGUAUAAUGAACCUCUGCAGGACUCCAAAACUUAUUUUCCCUAAAGAAAAACCAGUUCAGGAGCCAAUGGGGAAAGCAUCUCAGCGGAUAGCUUUUAAUCUUUUCAGCCUAGGCUUUUUGCUUCUGAGAAUCUUUUAA